AUGGCCAUUUCAGCAAGGACGUUCUUGGCCAUGAGAGUCGUGUCUCUUGCAGUCACCUCCCCUUGUUUCGCCUACCUGAAAACAUCGUCGGUGCAGGCAGAAGGCAAGCGAACGUACGUCUAUAUGCAGCAAACAGGACGAGCAAACUGUGGACCCCUGCUGACAGUGUGGGUCCCUGCUGACAGUGUGGGCCCCAUGCAAUAUGACAGUAUUAACGGAGACGCCUUUCAAUGGCGUGAGGGACAUUACAACAAGACGGUGGAUAUUUACGAAGACGUCUCCUCGCCAGAACUCACGCGCCAGAACCGCUAUGGUCCACUCUCCUGCUGGUACCAGGUGACCAAACCAGCGCUCAAAGACGACUGGGUCAUUGUUGUCAGAUUCAAGAUUCAAGGUGGAAGAGUCCAGAACGCCACGGACUGUGAGAACGGUUAUAUCAAGAUCAUGGAUGGUAACGCCCAAACGGAAGUAUCCAACAGGAAGAACUUGGGAAUGUUUUGUGGAGAGAUUGAACAGACAAGAACCUUCAUUUCGGAGACUUCCUUCGUCAAAAUUAUCUUCAAUGUCAACAACUUCACCGAGGAGACUUACUUCAGCUUUGACUCUCGCGUGGAGCAACAGAAGGAGGUGUUUGGACGGUUUGGGCCCAAUCCAGUGCUUUAUCCGUACCGCCGGGGGGAGGUCGUCCCUGGCACCUACUGUGAGAGGGUCUUCACGGAUUGCAAGCUGCAGUCGUGCUUUGUGCAGUCUCCUGGGUACCCGAGUGUUUACCCACGCAAUCUACACUGCAAAUACUACCUCAACACCCGCAUGCCCUUCAUUAAGCUCUAUAUUGAGAAUGAGGAGUUCAACGUCGAUGGCCAGCGCUGUGAGAACCCUAUGAUGUGUCCAAUGCGUCCCCUCAGCACCAACUGUCCCUUCGACUUCAUCCGGGUUUACGACGGCAAGAAUGAAGAAGCAGCUCUUAUUGGAACGUUCUGUGGAAUGGGUCGUUUUCCUCACUCCAUCAUCGGCUCGGGUCAGGACGUGAUGGUGGAGUUUGUGUCUUCCCCCGCUGGUCCAUUCCUUAAUACAGGAUUCCACUUUAAUGUCGGUAACUGGCCCGGUCACGUGGAGUCCAGCGGCUCACGGAAUGGAACAUGUGACUGGGUGUUCUCCAGCGACACGGUUGAACGCGGUCAAGAAUCCAUCUUCCUGUCGCUGGCUCACUGGUAUCCUCCAGGAACUUCCUGCUCUUACUUAAUCCGUGGACGUCCUGACGAAGUAGUCAGGAUGUAUUUCCCUUCCUUCCGCGUGCGGCCCAUCGAGGCUCCCAUCCGCCCAUAUGACGGUGACUGUGGAGAGACUCUGAUCAUCUAUGACUCAGACCGUGAGGACGAUGCGAGGAUCAUGAAGAUGUUUUGUGACACAUUUUCUCGGCCAUUAGAGAAACACGACUUUAUAUCAUCGGGAAGCGCCAUGUUUGUCAAAUUUGAGAGUCGUACAGGGAGUUACGAUGGGUCGUCCCUCUACUACUGGGCACAGUACGACUUCUUCAACAACACACACUAUGGGAAGCCCGUGGAGGACACACUAUGUGAUGAACUCUUCGAGUCAUUCGUGCGACCAGAGGGCAAGUUUGGGUCUCCCCUCAACACUUUGCUUUACAAGACUGAUGAAGAUGUAUUAUGUCGCUACCACUUCAAGGCCCCACGUUACCAGUAUCGUCGUAUUCUCCUUACUAUAAACUCCACAAACUUCAAACAUAAUGAUGAUGAAUGUAUGGAAUGUCUAAAUGAUAAAGUAGACAAGCUCAAGAUUAUUGAUCCUUUCCGUAAUGGUACAAACGUCUGCAUCUGCGACAACUGGCUCACAGGACAUCGUCUUCCUCCCCACAUUGUCUCCAACGGACCUUCUCUGACUCUUGAAAUGCAUGUCGACCACCGCCACGCUAUGCAGAACUACUUCAAGUCAGCAACACCAAUAUUUGAGGGCACCUAUAAGUUCAUCCACAGCCCCAUCUGCGGCCCCACGGUCAUUCCCGCCUCUACUGAAGGGAACAUCGUCUACCCUAAAUAUGAGCCAUACGUGUAUGGCGGCUACGGCGAGGACGUCCACUGUAUCUGGGAGCUGAGGGUGAAGCAGGAGCGAGAUGUCUGGCUCUAUGUAGACCAGCUCGACUUUUCCCUCAAUGAUUGCUCACUGGAAGUUAUCGAAGUGUUUCUGCCUGGCCAUGACCGCCCCGAGUUCACCAUCUGUGAGAAGGGAGACACGGCAGACGAGACCAAGACCAGCAUCCUGAAGGCCCGAGACCUAACAGAAGGCGCUAUCAUCAUUCACUUUAAGUCGUCAGCACCUGGACACUCAAACUUUAAGUUAACUUGGACGGAGUUAUUUGAGUUGCCCAGGAACAGUGACGGCACUGUCAUGACCUCCAAACUGAUGGCACCGGGGGAGUGUGAGUUCGUGUGUCCUGGUCAGGCGGCUUGUAUCCAUGAUGACUUGGUGUGUAAUGGCGUCCGCAACUGUCCAGGCAACAGCUCUGGCGCAGCCCAGCACGACGAGGCGCCUGAGAUCUGCUUCUCUCGAACAGGCUCUAAGUUCAACUACGUGGCUCUAGGGCUGGGUGCUGCCGGCGGCACUGUGGUGGCCGUGGCGGUCAUCAUCCUCGUGUGCCGCAACUGUCGCAAACGACCCGACGACAACACCUACUAAAUAAACUAUGCAAACUAUAGGAGCCACAACACACACAAGAGGCAGCUCGACCAAGUGUCUACAAAAGCCGAGUGUCGAAGAACAACAGUUGUUGUGCACCAGAGACCAUGACGUACUGUACACAGGAGAGAAACACAAGUUUAUAACAAGAACCCAAUAUAUGUUGUGUGGAGCACCGAGGGUAUGGUCAGAGCUAGUGACGUGUGGAGCACCGAGGGUAUGGUCAGAGCUAGUGACGUGUGGAGCACCGAGGGUAUGGUCAGAGCUAGUGACUGUCUAGUAGUUUUGACCAAUCGUUUCUUCCAUACCAAACAACACAGUGUGGGGCCUGGCAGUCUCCCCUGUUGGCUGGUUGAACUCAACAGUUCUUAUGUACAGUUAUUAACACUGAUCUUCUUUACGAAGACUUUCAUGCCCAGGUGUAAGUGUGCAUAACAUUAUAUAUAUAUAAAUAUAUAUUAUGACUGAUGUACGUGUCAAAGACUCCGUGUAACCUGUAUAUACAAUUUAUAUAUAUUGGUUUAGUGUCCACUAGUACGAGGGGUUCACAUGAAUACCUAUGUUUUUCUCAUAUUCGUGGGUCCUCAUUUUAAAUGAACAAAAUCAAAUUUGGAUUAAGUACAAACAUGCCUGUUAAGUGAACAACCAGUCACAAGUUGCAUGAACAACAAUACUACAACACAAUAACAUUGAUCAACUUCUACAGCAGUGCAUUGAACUCAAGAUAUUGUUUAUGGAACAAUUUUCCAUGAUAUUUGUCUUCAUUUCAAGCAUAGCAAUAUGUUAGCAGGAUUUAAGUUUAAAUAAACUUAUCAAUAAGUUGCUACAGUAUGUAACGAGAUUUACAUUUUAAGGGACAAUAUUUAUUUUCAUAUUAUAGGUUGUCGACUCCUUACAGUAGGCAGGCGUUGUGUGCUUUCUUUAUAGGUGGUGGGGAGUGUUACCCCAGUCGGUGCACGACACACCCCGGAUGUGGAUCAGUAACCGUGGCUACUUCAGUCCGUGCCAAGUGAACGUAUUGUUGCGACGUCAGAGUUCCAGGUCUAUUAGUUUAUCAUUAUCUCUUAGCUGCUACAGCUGUUGUACUGCAGGUGAGGGUGUCGACAAGCCGCCACCACCGGCCAUCACACUCUAGUGGUGAUCCCUAGAACUACAGUACAGUGGUCGGGCCUCAGAACCACUAUCAAGAAUAUUUUAAUACAAAGUCGUUCUUUUCGUUCUUAGUCAUGUUAUCAGUCCUCACUUGUACCUGACGGAAUAGUGAACUUAACUUGGCACGUCUGAGAUGACCACAGCUUUAUCAGGAUUCAGGCAGCUAUUAUGGUCAGACGGCCUUAGUCCAUACACCACAUUUAGUUGGACUUUGAGAGAUGACCAUCACAUAAUAGCAAACUCAUUACCACACGUAUAAUGAACAAAACAACUAUAUUAUUAGCCUCUAAAACAUUACUGAAUAUUUAAAUGAGAACGCCAUACUGUACUGUAUAUCAAAUAAUUGUUCUUGUAAAAAUGAUAAACAUCAAUUAGUCCUCAGCAGUUUUAAGACGUGAUCAAAUAUCAUUCACAAGAAAGAGUAAAUCAUGCACUGCCAAGAAAGGUUGAACUAGGAAGUCUUGUGAGCACGAUGACCUCAGAUAUGCAGGACCGUCGACCAUGUUAACAGUACAGAGGCACUAACUGUUGUAUUGCUGUUUACUGUCUUUUGUAAAUACGGAAAACAUUUAUAUAAGUUUGGUGAUUGUUUGUUGUGAUUUGCUAUAUAUAUAUAUCUGUAUCUAAUUCUUAUAGAAGAUUCCCAUACAAAAAAUAGCCAUUUUUAGCUACUGAACUGUGUAACUUUUUAGUGUUGCGCUCAAAGUUUAUUUCGUGUUUUUAGUAGUCAAUGUAGAAAUACCCUGAAUAUUGUCUUUUAUACUGCUUUGUAGUCUCUUCAACAAUAAGAGAUUGAGUUACACACUAUAGGAGGUCGAGGGUGUUGGCUUGACUAUGACCUGAGGUGAUGACACUCCUCAGCCCAACCCAACCCUCCCCACUCACUCCUCUCCCCACACAAACAACUCCCAGUAAAUCCUUUUCCUAACAUGGCAGGAUAGUUUUAUAAAUACAUUCAUCAUAAUAUCAAUCUUUAUCUCAGAAUAUAUUAGUUCUCCUGUAUGGUUUUUGUACACUGGCAGUUAUACUUUUAAGUUAAUAUAAGGAAGCAUUACGCGGUGUUGCCACGUCACUCACUCACCCGCCUUCACACCUCCGAUUACAGAUGUAGGUAACAAGAUACUGUACCUACUAUCUUUACAUUCCAACUGACAUGUACAGCUAUCAAUGCUUCCAAGGUACACAAUAUAAUGUACCCAAGUACUAUAAGUCAUGUUAAGAAGUGAUAUUAAACAAUGCUUCCAAGGUACACACAGUGACCUCCGCUACAUCACGCGAGAAAACUAAUGAACAGUUUCCACAAAUGAUCCUAAAUAACUCCUUACUCUGUUCCCGGUGACACAUUGCAAAGAUUAAGAACUGGAGAAGAACAUUUAUCAUCUCUGUGGACAACCUAACCUAACCUAAUCUUGACCAAUCCAAUCUUGUCUUGAUAAACUUAACCUACCUAACCUAAUUUAACUUAACGUAUACCUUUGUCUUCUAUCCUAGAGUCAUAAGGUGUCCACACAAUGUUCUUGACCAAUAUGUGAUCAUUAUUACUUGUACAAAUGAGUAAGUUACAUUAUCACGACUAAAUAUAUUACCAUAGAAGAUGUCUUGGAGUUAAUUAUUUUAUUUUGCUGGAAUUGCGUUAUUGUUAACUAGAUUUUACUGAUAUUGUAAGUUCUGCAUUCUAACUCAAAUACAGAUGACUGGAUGUAGCUGAUCUGUUAAUGGCAAUAUAUAAUUUUUUUUUUCUUUUUUACUGAGAAAUUUGUAAUUGUGAAAAAAUACCUUAGAUUUAAAGCCCUUUUGAAUGUGAGACAAUUUAUACGUAUUUGCAAUAAGCAUUUUGUAUUAAAGGGAAGAUGAAGGAAAGUGAGAAAUGUGUAGUAUACGGGACCGACUCUGAAUGCACUCAUAUCAAGUUUCCUAAGAUGGACGCGGCGUUUUUGACAUUAGCGCUAUUAUAUGUCACUCAAACUUUUUAUGAGACAUUCUCUUUCUAAUGACUUUAAUAAAAUCUGAAUAUAGAGAGCUGAGGAUAACCAAAAAUGCUAUCCCUGACAGUGCUUUUUAUGUCUUAAUGUAUACAUAACGACAGGGUGUCUCAGAAAAAUAUAUAUACACUAUCUUACAGAUUCUCGUGGUUAUCGUAUGCGCGUAUUAUAACAACAGUAUAUUCUUAACUUGGUGAUGUGUCAGGUCUCCCACAAGUUAGGAAAAUAUUGCUGUUGUAAUGGAAACAUUCACAAGAUCUUCACGAAGAACUUUAUGGCAGUAUUUAUAUUUUGUAGACAACCUGUAUAUUAGAAUUUCUCGACUAUGUGUAUGUGUGUGUAACUCCCUCAAAGAAAGAUGAUAUUAUUCUAUUACCUAAAUAUUUCUUUCAAUUUCAAUAUUAAGGAAGUAUUAAAUUAUGUUUCAUAUCCCACAAGAUGUCUUAAAUACCCAGUGUUAUCUCUCCCGUAGGUUGACAAAACACCACUAUAUCAAGGUCACGAUCUAUCGACACUGCUAACCAAACUGUCAUGAAACUACAACUGGACCUUAAACUAUAUUAAAUCUUCAUAACCUACUGAUUCCCACGAACUAAAAUAAAACUAAUUACUUAUUCUGAUGUUGUAAGUAAUAAAACCUGUGUGUGUGUGUGUGCGUGUGUGUGUGUGAACCGGGUGUAAGAAAGUGUGAUUGUCGUGGUAACUAGGGCAACAUGAUCUAAAGAGUGGUUGUCGUGGUAACUAGGGCAACAUGAUCUAAAGAGUGUUCAUAUGGCGGCUGCUGGGGUGAAGUGCAGCUGUGUGUGGCGGACGGUGACGGUGGGUGAGUGGGUGGGUGUAAAGCUAUACCUGUACACUGUGUCAAACUGUAAUAUGAUAAAAAUUAGACAACAUUAUAUUUUAGUUUCGUAAAAA